AUGAAAUUCUUGGUACUUGCACUGUGCGUAUGUGCUGCUAGCGCUGCCACCUUUAAUCAGUAUAGACCUUACAAUGUACAAAAUGCCGCAAAAGUUGGCGCUAGCCCAUUCGUCGCAUCUGCUAAGGCUGUAGGAUAUGGAAGCUCUCAAUUCGCUUCUCCCUCAACUGCUCCCGUUGUGAACGCUCAGGUCAGCGUAGCUGCCGCUGUUCCCAGACCCGUUGCCAAGACUGCCAACAGUGACGCCGAAGCCGAAGUCAUCAGCAAUGAAACUCAAUUCAACGAAGACGGCUCCUACAACCAACAAUUUGAAACCAACAAUGGUAUUUCUGUCCAGUCUUCUGGUGUCCUAAAGAAGUUUGGUGACGCCAACGCUCUCGUUGUCACCGGUAGCUACAGAUAUUACACUAACGAUGGUACUCCCGUAGAAGUUACCUACGUUGCUGAUGAGAAUGGAUUCCAGGCCAAGAGCGACUCUCUUCCUGUUGCGCCACCAGUACCCGAAGCCAUCGCCCGUUCUAUCGAAUACCUUGCUAAAUAUGCCAAGCCCGAAAACCAACAAUAUUGA